AUGGCUGCAGAAUCACUCACAGACCAUGCAGAGGGCUGUGUGACCUUUGAGGAUGUGGCUGUGUACUUUUCGAGGGAAGAGUGGAAACUUCUCAGUGAUUCUCAGAGAUUCCUAUAUCACAAUGUGAUGCUGGAGAACUUUGUGCUCCUGGCCUCUUUGGGACUUGCAUCAGCUAUGUCCUGUGAAAUCACUCAACUGAAGUCCUGGGGAGAACCCUUCAUGUCUACACAAGGAGUCAUGACUCCAGACAUGCUGAGAGGGUGUUGGCAUGGAGCCAAAGCUGAGGAGGCACCUUUUGAGCAGAGUGUUUCUACAGAAGGAGUGUUUUGUGUCAACCUUCACCAAAACCAGAAAAUGAGCCAUGGAGACAAACCCUUAAAAAGAGAAGAGGGCAGGGCCUCAGUUUUAAAGAGCUGCAGAAUCUUCCUGUCAGAGAAGCCUUUACAAAACAAGGAGGGUAGGAAGGAUUCCCUGGCCAGCUCAGGUCUUCUCAAGUGCCACAGUGGAGGUGAGCCACCCAGGAACACUGAGCUCAGUGCAGCCUUUCACAGUGGAAAAAAGAACUACAAAUGCAGUGAAUGUGGGAAAGCCUUUGGGCAGAAAUAUUUACUUGUUCAGCACCAGAGACUGCACACUGGAGAAAAACCUUAUGAGUGCAGUGAAUGUGGGAAACUGUUUAGCCAUAAAUCAAACCUCUUUAUACACCAAAUAGUUCACACUGGAGAAAGGCCUUACAGUUGUAGUGAAUGUGGAAAAUCCUUUAGCCGAAAUGCCGACCUCAUCCAACACCACAGAGUUCACACUGGAGAAAAGCCUUUUACAUGCAGUGACUGUGGAAAGGCUUUUAGGCAUAAUUCCACACUUGUUCAGCAUCACAGGAUCCACACUGGAGUAAGGCCUUAUGAGUGUGGAGAAUGUGGGAAAUUCUUUAGCUUCAACUCCAGCCUCAUGAAACAUCAGAGAGUUCACACUGGAGAAAAACCUUAUAAGUGCAGCGAAUGUGGGAAAUUCUAUAGCCACAAAUCCAGCCUUAUCAAUCAUUGGCGAGUUCACACUGGAGAAAGGCCUUAUGAGUGCAGUGAAUGUGGGAAGUUUUUUAGCCAAAGCUCUAGUCUCAUGCAACACCGAAAAGUUCACACUGGAGAAAAGCCUUUUAAGUGCAAUGAAUGUGGGAGAUUCUUUAGUGAGAACUCCAGCCUCGUUAAACAUCAGAGAGUUCACACUGGAGCAAAGCCUUAUGAGUGCAGGGAAUGUGGGAAAUUUUUUCGCCAUAGUUCCAGCCUUGUUAAACAUCGGAGGAUUCAUACUGGAGAAAUGCCUUAUGAGUGCAACAAUUGUGGGAAAUCCUUUAGCCAGGAUUUCAACCUAAUUCAACACUAGAAAGGUCACACUGGAGAAAAGUCUUGAAUGCUUCACAUGUGGAAAAGCCUAUGGCCACACUUCCAUCCUCUUGUACCCUGGAGAGGUCUCAGUGCUGAGAGGUAUUGUGAAUGAAGUGAUUGCGGAAAAGCCUUUAUCCAGAAGUUGUCUCUGACUCAGUAAUGGAAACAUCAUAACCUCGAGAGGCCUUAUAAAUGCAGUGAAUGUGGAGAAAGGCUUCAGCCAGUGAACUAAUUUCAGCCCUAAGAGUGAACUUGCUUUAAAACAGUCCUGAGAGUAGCAUAUGUGAAGGAGCCAGCACUUGGAUAUCACUCACGCAGACAUGCACCGUGGGAACAGGAUGAGAAUUGCUGCCAUCCUCCCAUGAAGGUGACCUCUUUCUGAGUACUCUAGGGAGAGGGAGUCACACGGUUUUGUCUACACCUGUCUGGAGUGGAGUUUCCAUCUCACUGAGUUUGGAGA